AUGGCCCCUCCUAAGAUCUUCUCGCUCGAUGGCAAAAGCCUCAAGCUCGACACUGCAGAGGACAUCGAGGCUCAUAUCAAGCCUCUGACUGAGAGCACCGACUACACCGAGAUUCAUUUCGGUGGUAACACCCUCGGAAUUGGCGCCUCCGAGCGUCUUGCUGCUGUCCUCGCAACCCAGAAGAGCCUUGAAGUCGCUGACUUGGCCGAUAUCUUCACCUCCCGUCUCCUGUCCGAGAUUCCUCCCGCUCUCAAGGCUCUUCUUGAUGCCAUUCUCGAGAUCCCGACUGCCCACACCAUCAACCUCUCCGACAAUGCCUUCGGUCUCAACACUCAGGCCCCCCUGGUCGAUUUCUUGGCCAAGCACAUCCCUCUACGCCACCUGAUCCUGAACAACAAUGGUCUGGGUCCCGCUGCCGGAACCCUGAUUGCUGAUGCUCUCAGCAAGCUCGCCGAGCGCAAGGAGGAGGCUCGCAAGGAGGGCAAGGAGGUUCCUCCUCUGGAGAGCAUUGUUUGCGGUCGCAACCGCCUGGAGAACGGCAGUAUGGAGGCUUUCGCUCGUGCCUAUGAGAAGCACGCUGCCGGCCUGAAGUCCGUCAAGAUGACUCAGAAUGGAAUUCGCCAGGAGGGUAUCGCACACCUGUUGAAGAACGGCCUUUCUCACGCCCAGGGCCUUGAGGUUUUGGAUCUGCAGGACAACACUUUCACCAUCAUGGGCUCUAAUGCUCUUGCUAGUGUUUUGGGAGGCUGGGAGUCUCUGCGUGAGCUGGCCGUUGGUGACUGUCUGCUUUCUGCUCGUGGUGGCGUGAAGGUCGCCCAGGCUCUUGCCGCCAACAAGAACCAGAAGCUGCAGACCUUGCGUCUUCAGUACAAUGAGAUGAAGGCUGAUAGUGUCAAGGCUUUUACCCACGCAGCUAAGACCGCCCUGCCCAGUUUACGCCGUGUUGAGCUGAACGGCAACAUUUUCUCGGAUGAGGAUGUGAACAUUACUGCACUCAAAGAGCUCUUGGAGGCCCGCCAGGAAGAGCACGGUACCGAUGAUGAUGAUGAAGAUACCUGGGGCGUUGAUGAGCUGGAUGAGCUCGAGUCCGAGGACGAGGAAGAGGAGGAGGAGGAGGAAGAAGAAGAGGAGGAAGAGGAGGCCAAGGCUGAGAAGGAACUCAAGAAUGCUGACCUUGCUGAGGAGGAGGAGGUUGCUCAGAAGUCGGACAAGGAUGUCGAUGCCUUGGCUGAUGUUCUGGGUAAGACUGGCAUCUAG